AUGGAAGCAAAUGAAGCCAAGGGUUACAUCCGGAAACUGGAGCCAGGAGAAAUUGAUGAUGGCCCAAGUUGGUACCUACCUCAUUUUCCCGUGGUAAGAGAAGAUAAAGAGACUACCAAAGUGAGGAUAGUGUACGAUUCAGCAGCCAGAUACGGCGGAGUAAGCCUCAAUGAUACCAUGUUGGCUGGACCAAAACUGCAGCAAGAUAUCUUUGACGUGCUAUUGCCUUUCCGCAGUAAUCCGGUAGCCCUGGUGGCGGAUCUGAUGGAAAUGUUCUCGCAAGUCGUCAUGGCGAAGAAAGAUAGACGGUACCACUGCUUCCUGUGGCGAGGCCUAGACCUCUCAAAACCCCCUGAAGUCUAUGAAGCAGUGAGAUUAGUGUUUGGUGAUCGUGCUUCACCUUACUUGGCCCAGUAUGUUGUGCGACAACAUGCAGAAGAUAACAGAGAUAACUACCCGCUAGUAGUGAACAUUAUCCUAUUACAGAUGUACAUGGAUGACAUUAUGACCUCAUUGGAGACGGAUGAUGAAGCGAUUGAAGCUUGA